AUGGGCAACGUGGGGCGCUUCGUUUGUGUGGCCCUGCCAUUUAUACUCACGGCGGCCAGCAUCAUUUGUAUGCUCAUCGUCGGCCUCGUCGGCGUCACUAGUAACCCGAGCCUAUACAUCUUCCGUGUCAACACUACAGGCCUAUCGAUUGAUUCAUCAGACCUGGGGAGCCUGACCAAGCUGGUAACACGGGACUUCGACCUCGGGGACGUCUCUUCUCUCGCUUCUAGAACAGAUGCUAUUCGGGCGACCGGAACCAGCGAUGUCGCUUCGGCCAUCAGCUCGGCCGCCUCUGGCAUUACCAUCACUGCCGCGGACCUUGCCCUUAAGGACCUAUACGAUGUCAACCUUUGGGGAUUCUGCUCCACCGACCAGGAUGGAAACCGUGCAUGCACCAAGGCCAAGUUCGACUGGGCUUCCACCGAACUCAACGAGUCGACCUACACCUCCAUCGCCUCCACAACCGGCCAGAAUGUUACUCUCCCUGACUCGAUUACGACGUCUCUGAAGGCGUUCAAGACGAUUACGAAAUGGACCGAGGUUGUCUACGUUAUCGCCAUGGUUGCGCUCGGUGUCGAGCUCUUUGGCGGCCUUUUCACCUACUGCAGUCGCGCCAUUUCCUGCAUUACCUACCUGAUCAGUGGUGUCGCCACGGUUGCCGUCAUCGCCGCUGCCGCCAUGAUCACUGCUAUGGCUUCGGUGGUUGUCGGAGCUGUUGAGGCAUCCGCAAAGGCCUAUGGCGUAACUGCCAGCAUGAACACAUCGUACUUGGCUGCUGUCUGGCUCGGCGCUGCUUUUGCCGUCGGUGCCUCCCUGUUCUGGCUGUUCAGCGCCUGCUGCUGCAAGAGAGAGAAGCACGCCCGCCGCAGCCGCGACGACGAGAAGCCCUUCAUUCCCAACGGAUCCUACGCUCCCAUCCACGACAACCGCCACAGCGCCCAAAGCUACGGGUACAACCAGCAGGCCUACGCUGCCCCACGCAGCAACGCCCGCACCGACCUGGCUUACGAGCCCUACUCUCACUCCAGAGUAUAA